AUGACUUCUGUCCUAAUUACUGGAGCCAACCGCGGUCUGGGCCUCGGAAUGGUGAAAUACUUGACUAAACACGACAAGGCAAGGAUUAUAUUCGCAACUUGCCGGAAACCUUCAGAGGAACUAACGAAAUUAGCCGAUGAAAACAAGAAACUUCACAUUUUAAAUUUAGAUGUAACAAAUACAGCAAAUAUUAGUGAGAUAUCAACAGAAGUGGCAAAAGUGGUAGGAAAUAAAGGCUUGAACCUUCUCAUAAACAAUGCAGGUGUGGCUACAAAAUUCACAAAGUUACAAUUGGUCAAACCAGAGCAGUUACUUGAAAAUCUAACUGUCAACACUAUUGCACCAAUUAUAUUGUCUAAGACUCUUCUCCCGCUUUUAAAACAAGCAGCUGAAGCAAAUAGCGACAAACCGAUGGGCGCACAACGAGCUGCGGUCAUAAAUAUGAGCUCAAUACUUGGUUCUAUAGCUAACAACGACCAAGGAGGCUUUUAUCCCUACAGAUGUUCCAAGGCAGCAUUAAACGCAGCCACAAAGUCGAUGAGUAUCGAUUUGAAAAAGGAUCAAAUUAUAGUAACAUCGAUGCAUCCAGGAUGGGUAAAAACUGAUAUGGGUGGGAAUAACGCGCCGCUCGAUGUGGACACGAGCGUGGCCGGUAUAUUUAAUACCAUAGAAAAACUUCAAGAGUCAGACAGUGGAAAAUUUUUACAGUUCGAUGGUACAGAGUUACCUUGGUAGUAGGAGAACUAGGAGACUGUAAUAAAAGUGUAAUAAAAUUAUAAGAUUAUAAAGUAAA